ACAAAAAGCAAAUUCGUUUAGUUCCUUUAUUCCAAUAGUCAAAUUUUCAAAUAACGUUAGUUCUUAACUUGUUAAAAACGAGAGAUUUCUCUGGAAAUUAUAUAUUUAAACAAUUCGAUAGUAUUAUAAAUUAAUUAUAUAUCGCAAUAAUCACUGUUUCGUCUAUUGAACAUAUAUAAAUAAAUAGAUAUAUUUUUUACCUUGGACGUGAUCAAACCUGUUCUGUCUUUAGUAGAGAAUGUUUGUCCAAAGAAAGACAAAAUUAAAGCCAAAAUCGAAAAAGAAGUUAAAACCCGAGUGGGAUUCAACAAUUAACGAUUUGAACGUCUACAAAGCCAGUACAGAUGAUAUUAUUCGUCGAAAAGAGUCUCAUAAAUCAAAGAACGCAGAAUCCGCAAAAUUUGAUCUUUUAUCACUAAGAUUAAGAGAAUUAAAUGAACAGAAAAAUUCGAAAAAAGAACAAGAUAAAUCAAAGAAAUCAGCAAUACAUAAAGUAUACUUGGAUAACAGUCAGCUUUCCGAAACCUUGGCCGAGUGUGAUAAGACUUUGGCGGUUGUUAAAGACAUGUUCGGAGAUGAUCCAAAGAAAUUUUUUGGUAUACCAAGCGUUACAGUUGCGCCUAAACGGAUUUUAAAAAAUGACCAGUCUCUCUUACCAGAUGGAACGGAAGUAGUAGAAUUAUCAAAAUUAGACGCUCUUAGCGAUUCAAUAAUGAGUAAGAACUCUUUGGAUAGAUUGAAUGAUAAUGUAAGCAAUGAUUUGGAACAAUAUAAACAUAUAUUAAAUGAAAAUCGAGCGAAAGCUGAUAUGGCCAGUGAAGAUUGGGAGACGAGCUUCUCCAGUCUAAACAGAUCAACGUUAAUCAAUACUGUUAAUGAUACAGCCGUUGUUGAAAGUUCUGUUAAGAGCGAGGGAAGAGAGGAUACUAGAGAGGAGAUCAAAGAGACGGCCGAGAACGCUUCGUGUACUUGUGAAUGUCAUAAGAAUUCUAAAGAGGAAAUUUUAAUGCUCGUUGAUGCCGUAACGAAAUUAGCUCAAUGCGCCAGAGAAAGUGAAAAACGGGCCGCCGUUGAGGCAUUGAAAAGGGAGGAAUUGGAGAGCAAAGUUGAACGUCUAAAUUGUUUAGUUAAUGUUUUAGCAGCUGAUAUGGUCGCCAACGAGAAUAGAGUUAAGAUAGCGUUAAAAACUUUUCAAACAAAGAACUCUGAACAUAGCUCGGAAAGAGGGGGCUACAGCGAAAAGGGAGAAGAAAACGUCAGAGAAAUGAAAACACUGGAAAGAAGAGAAGAGGAAAGAGAAGAGGAAGCAAUUCACUCAGAACGUAAUAGGAGAAUGAUUGAAAGCCAGAAUAUUCAACGUGGAAAUCCUUUAGGCAAGUCUUACAACAACAAAACAAUAACAGCAAUAAUAAUAAUAAUGCACAUUCUGUGUAUAGUUCUACAUUUAAUGGAUUCGUAUGAUCAAUUAAAAACAACUAUUUCUUCAACAUCUCACUUGGAUGGCGAUAAAAGUAUAGAAAGUGUUGCAAUCAUACCCGACGAAGUUGACGCCUCUCAUGAAUACAUUCAAAAACAAUUAGAAGAACUAAAUAGAAAGCAUUUGGAGGCGAAACUUAAAUUAGAUGGCUUACUUCAAGGCUAUAUCGAGGUGAAAGGUGAAAAUGGUCAGAAUUCCCCUCCAGUGUCUCCGAUUUUACCAGGUUCACCAUCAUCAUUACGCGUAAACGGAAGAUAG